GCCUGAGACCCGGCCGGCCGCUGCUCGGCAGAACCGAGGGGCGCGCACGUUGCGCGCCCGAGUUCUUGCUGCCGGCCGCCUUAUUCCGGGCGGCCAACUCGUCUUUGCGACGGAUGCCGGGGGCCCCAAUCGCGUGAAGAAGGCCUCGCCGGGCGGCGCUAGUAUUACCGGAUGCGGGGCUUGGGCGCGUGAUUGCCCGCACUCAGUUCCCGACGCCCCGUUUGUAGGGUUCGAGCGCGCCACACAGCCCUAACGCGCCGCCCGCGGGCGAUUGCCGUUCCAGAGGAGAUAUUGCUACGCGCGUUUCCGGCUAGCAUGCGCAGUCGAGUUUGUGAUAGUAAUUUGGAACGGCAAGAGCCGAGCAUCAUGUUCUUGCUGCUUGGUCAACGAUUUUCUUGAGCGAUCAAUCUGCCUACCGAGACCGACGAGAGACCAUUUUCAAACAAAGAAACUGAGCGUGCUAUCCAGCUCCCAAAUUGAUAUCAAAUGAAAACUUACGGACCAAGAGAGAGGCGUAAUCUGCGAGAGAGCGGUGUCUUGCCGUCGUGCUUUUUAUUUUUUUUGCACAUUGGUUUCUCAAUAAACUUAGCUUUUCGAAAAAGUUGUGGAUUUAUUUAGGUAAAGCGCAUAUACAAACUUGAGGGCCAUGGUGCCAAUCGAGCUUGUGAAGCCUUGCACUCCUCCACACCCAGACAUAUUUGGAUGUGAUAGGUGUUGCGUUUAUGCGCGACCCGUUGGCGGCCUGCCACAAGGUGGAGGAGCAAGGCGUGGAGGAGCAAGGCGUGGAGGAGCAGGCGGAGGACGCCGGGGAGGCUGAGGAGGUGGCGCCGCCGAACUUCCCGGUGUGUGAGCCCUAUGCAUCCUGUGUAAAAACGUCCCCACCCCAUGAUUGCCUUCAUGCGGAUUUAUUUGCAACGGCAGACGACAACGCGUGUGAUGCGCAUCCCCAUGAUGAGAGGCGUUUUCCAUUGUGAUUUGGCAUUUGUAAUGCUGCAACUAGGAUAAGAAAAUGUUCCUGAUGCUGCUUGCCUUUCCGACUUGCACUACAGCACAUCGAAAACCUGUCAUGCGUGGCUGGCACAGUUUCUGGAUUCGUGUUGCAGAUUUCCCAACUUGACUCUGCGGGUAGGGACGUUUUUACACAGGAUACCUUUCCAGGGUUUUUUCAGGUGGGACAGGUGCUGCCCGCGGCUAACCCAUUCCUUUUGCGCUUUAUGUGAGGCCGCGGAGCGGCGGCCUUUCGGGCGCCUGGCCUGCCAAAGUGGUCGCCCUUGCGCCCAGCCGGCCACUCGUCGGCAGAACCGACGGGCGCGCGCGUUGCGCGCGCGAGUUCUUGCUGCCGGCCGCCUUAUUUCGGGCGGCCAACUCGUCUUUUCGACGUAUGCCGGGGGCCUCAAUCGCGUGAAGGCCUCGCGGGGCGGCGCUAGUAUUACUGGAUGCGGGGCUUGGGCGCGUGAUUGCUUGCACUCAGUUCCCGACGCCCCGUUUGUAGGGUUCGAGCGCGCCACACAGCCCUAAUGCGCCGCCCGCGGGCAUUUGCCGUUCCACAACUCGUGCUGGAGGAGAUAUUGCUACGCUCGUUUCCGGCUACGAUGCGCAGUCAAGUUUGUGAUAGUAAUUUGGAACGGCAAGAGCCGAGCAUUAUGCUCUUGCUGGUUGGUCAGCGAAUUUCUUG